AUGGAUCAGAUCACUGUUGCUGAUUAUAGUCCCGGUUUUCUUACAAAAAAAUUUCUUGUUCUUUUGCAGAAAAUGAAGAAAAUCUGCAGUCUGUAUAAUCAUGUAUCCGCAUCAGAAGGAUCUUUUCGUAAGGGAUUAUGCUCAGCUCGGGAAUUCAUACUAUAUACAUCACUCCCUUAUAAACCCGUCCUCACUCUACUCCGCACUUUCUAUUUCGUGAUACCUGAGUUGAUAAAGACCGCUGGUGCCCAAACGAACGAGAGUUAUGUAUACCCAUACGUACAUCAAAUCGGUCUCUCAACAAUAGCUCACAUUCAAUUUAUAUGGUCUGACUCGCAGAAGAUGUUUGUGAUCUAUAUGCAAGAGCGAAAUGUUAACAGCGAAAUAAACACAGGAUAUAAAAGAGCUUGCUUAGUCCUUAUUGGUAUAAGUAUCUCAUUUGUUUCGGAAUACCACAAGCCAGGUUCUCUGACACCGAUACCUCUUAUACCCUACGGCUGGAAGGUGAGUAUGAGCAUUGCCAAAACGAUGACCAUUCUCGAAACUUAG